AUGGUCCAGAGAGCCCAAUUCACUAAUCUUCUCGACCUUCGACGCGCUAACAAUGUCUCUAUCGGUCUCUCCCGGUUUACCCGCCGGGGUCUUGGGACACUCGAAAUCGUACAGGCAGUCCGCACUAUGGACGUCGAAACGCUCUCAGCCGAUGAUCUCACCAUGGUUCAAAAGCUUUUGCCGACUCCAGAGGAACGUCUUAUGCUCCAUACGCACUUGUCCUCACCUCCCAAACCCGACGCACCUCCUUUGGCACCCGCGGAGCAGUUCAUGAUUGAGAUGAUGCAGACGCCCGACAUCACUGAAAUGGUGACAGCGUCCCUUUUGAACGCCUCAGCUGAUCACGAAGUCACGGAGAUUGUGUCCAAACUCGAUAAAUGUAUCACGGUAUGCGAAGAGAUUAAGACGAGCGAAAAGCUCAAAGUGUUGCUAAGGAGUGUAUUGGAACUGGGAAACUUGACCAAUUAUGAAUACUCGAAUGGAGCUAGGGGAGGUGCGGGCUUCCGACCUUGGAUGGGCAAAGAAGCACGAGCGCUGGGUGUUAAAGUGGAUGGGUUGGCGAGGCUGAGGGAUGUCAAAAGCGCGGAUGGAAAAUGGAGUUUGAUGAGUUUCUUGGUGGAUAUGGUUGAAAGGUCGAGAGGGGAUGUUCUGGACCUUCCCUCUGACUUCUCUCUCCUCAAACAAAUUCGGCACUACGAUAUGCGCGACAUGGUUCAACAGAUGCGGUCGCUCGAAUCUACAUUAGCCCGUCUCCAAUCGCACACAUUUUCAUCUGAUCCCACGACGGCCGCCUACGUCACAAGCUCACUCCAACCGUUUUUCGCACGGAUGACAGCUCUCAUGGCAACCCUGGCCUCCAAAACUGCCGAAUUUAAGACUGCUUGGAAAACAGCCGCCAAAUAUCUCGGCGAAGACUUGGACACCUACGUGGAGUUUGGGGAACCAUACAAAAAAGUUCCAGAAGGCCAACGGGAAAAGAAACAGCCUACUCAUGUUUUCAUCAUGCUUGAACUGUUUUUCAGAGCUUUUGAGGAUGCAGUUGCUGACAAUCUGCGGAGGAAGAGGGAAGAGGCGCGGCGAAAGCGGCGGGAAGUGGAAGAAAGGAGCUGGAAGAAGCGCAAAGAGGAAUCGGUUGUUGUGCAGGUUGAGGGACAAACCUACGAAGCGCAGAAAGAGGAAGCUGUUACACUCUUUCGACGGUUUUCGCAACGAAUUUUAAGAAAUGAUACUGUACCGGGUGAUCAACAUGUAGAUCAGGAGGGUGAAGUUGAACACGUAGAAGAUGAGCUGGAUGACGGACAUAUUGUACAAGACGCUGAUGACGGUGGGGUUUGGGUUGAAGAGGAGCAGGAGGAGGAAGGCUAUGAAACCAGGUGGGAUGAAGAGGACAUUGAGCAGGUGGUUGUAGUUGGAUAA